AUGGCUGCGAAUCGCGCUGCUACUGAAGAAUUGGACGAUCCCUCUCUCCUGGAAUCUAUGGAAUUCAGCCACGAAGAAGUAUCUCCAUUGCCCCCUGCUUCACCAUCGCAGCGAGACGAUUCCAAAUCUCCCAGUCCUCCUCUUGCUAGGCGAUCUCAGAAUAAAGAACCAGAACCCAGGCUGUCUCCCCCUCCAUAUUCAGCGGACUUGGAAAAGGGGAAUAAGCUUCGAACAGCUGAAGACGUGAUAAAUCGCAUUGUAUGGGAUGAGCAAUUUGACAUUGAUAACUACGUGGUCGGAUACCUAGACAGGUUUAACGGUGACCAGGAGAUCCCUCUGAGCGCGUGGAAGAAAGAUAUCACAGAUGAGGAAUUUAUUCCCCUGCAUCGCAUUCUCUAUAUCAUGCGUUCAAGCGGUAAUGGAGGGGCUGGAGAGGUUGUGUGGGAUAGAAGGAGGAGAAUCGACAAGAUUUUCAACAGUGGGAAUUCUGCUUAUACGGAGUUGUCAUGGUUUCAUUGA